UCUGCUUACGACCCAUCUUACGAUUUCCACCUCCAAUUCCAUCCUUCGGGAGGCUCUUCCACCACUAGAUAUCAGAGUCGUUCGCUGCUGCGCGUUAUAGUGCAUCGGGCGCUCUCUUCUCAAUCCUUCUUCAUCUGCAGAUGCCAGUCCCUGUCCCUUGCCGACCACCGGCGCAUCAAGUUCAUAAGCACUCCAAAACUGAAGACGCUUCGAAGUCUCACUCGUCCGUCUUCCACAAUCUGAAGCACACACUGCCUGUCUCGCCGACUGGCCCACCGCCGUCGUUUGGCAGUCGUGAUCAGUGGAUCAAUUCCCUGCCUUCUUGGAGGAGGACCAAAACUCGUCGCAUUUGGGAAGACGACGUGCGCUUCACUUCUGAAGACCAGAGAGAACAGGGUUUUCACCAAGGGUUGACUAGUACGGUCGACGUGCAAGUCAGUAAAGGAAAUCAUGCGGAGGCAUGUCUUCCGCCCCUGAACGCCUUCAGUCAAAAGUGUGCCUUGAAUCCAUCGCCAAGUGGCGUUGACCAACCAAUGCAUGACGAGCACAAGACCUCAACUUAUGCAUCCGUCUGGAGUACUGAGGGUUACCACAGCCCGGAUGACUCAUCUACGCAGGACUACGUAUGGCCUCGGGUCGACAACGCAUUCGCACCUGUCCUGGAGGACGAUUCAGAAGAUAUGAUCAAUGGUGACUUGGGUUCUAGUCCCAUCGGACCCAUGACUCCUUUUGCAGAGUAUGUGGACCGUGUGAUUGCCACGUCCGACCAAAUCCCGCUCAGACAGGAGAGUUUGUAUCAAUAUGGACUCCAAUCUUACGAUAUGGUCGACUAUCAGUACGCGGAUCCCGUCAAGCAAGAGUCUGUCGCUUCUGUUGAUUCUGCGCCAUCUGCGUCGACCAAGUAUAAGAUGUUCGCGGAGCCCAUGGCGGACUGGAUCGUUUCAUAUGUCUGGAAAGUUUGCAAAAAUUCAAUUGUUCUUCCGCCUGCAGUUUCUCGCUACACUCCUUCGAUGAGCAGCCAGCAGCCAGCCCCUACAGCUCCAAUGCACUUAUCUGCCUCAGUUCACUCUCUUCUAAUGUCGACACUUCUACAACCAUCGGCUGUGUUACUCGCGCUGUGGUACAUCGCUCGCUUACCAAUAUACUUUAGUGGGGUCCCUUUAGGGUUGGAGCAUGUGAAAGAACGAAGAUUUAGAGCCGAACUGCUUGAUACAACUGGCGGCGUUGACGGGAAAACGUUGGAAGCCAAUGCCACGUUCAGACUCAUCGUCCUAGGAUUUAUGCUGGCGAACAAGUGGCUUGACGACCACACCUUUUCCAAUAAGACAUGGCACACCAUCUGCAAACUUCCUGUCCACUCGCUUAACAAGCUCGAAUCGCUUGCCCUAGACAUCCUUUCGCAUGACCUUACAAUCUCGCCUGCUGCUUGGCGCCAGUGGCUGGGGCACAUGUUCUCAUAUCAUAUCUCGCUUUCGCCCCCUUCCUACGCUCAACCGAUAUCUCGCCCUUCUUCGAAUCCUCAAUUGAUCGUUCGAAAAAUCAUUGAGGAGAUCAUGGAAGCACCUCUCGCGCAUCCCAGUUCAGAGCCCGUCUUCCUUAGCUUCGAGCACAGGAGCAAGGAAAAACUCAAUGGGGCAGAAACGUGCACCGAAGCUUCCCACGAAGCUUAUGACAUUGAUCUCGAUGAGGAUGGGCCGCUUCGGGAAGAGUAUUUGCCAAGGCGCUGCGCGAGCAAUGGGAGUGCUAUGAGCCGACGCAGCUCAAAACUGGCUUCGAAGGUUGAGGUUGAGCGGAGGGCGCUUCGUGAGUCCACGACCAGCCAGAAUAGGAACACGCUCCCUCCUCCGUCCAAAUGGAGCCCAGCGGCUGAUGAGCCCAUCCGCCGGACUGGUGAUCGUCCUGCGCUGUAUAUGCCUGUUCAGCCACCAGCAGUGUGUUGGACCUCCGCCGUCGCUUAUGUACCUGUGAAGCUGCCUCCGGAUUAUUCUAGCGCCUCGUAUUCCAAACCAGCUCCGUCGAACGAUUACUAUUACCCACAAUCUGUCAUCGUUCAACCCCCUUCGCAGCCGCGUUGUGAUGCCGAUGCAUUUUCCCCACCUAAUUCUGGUUACUCGUACCCAAUCGGCUUUGACUAUCAGUGUGGUCAAGUUCGUGUUUCAUUCGAUGGAACGGGUUAUCCCUCUCAACCGAUGGCAAAUUGGCCGUCUGCUGAGCCAUAUGGAUUCACCGCGCCUCGAGUCCUCUUUGGCCCCCACCCACCUAUCAAUUACCAGUCGUCCUGGGUCCGUGCUUGAAGAUGUGUUUCUGGACCAGAUGCUCGCGCGCAUCUUAGAUCUCAAUUUCUCAUGUUUUCCGGCUCUCAACACUACUGCAAUCGACUCCGACGGCACAGCCUACGUGCCGUGCCAUAAUUUCGCUCCCUCUGUCCAUCAUUUCGCGGUUGUCAAUACUGGAUCUCUUUCUCUUUGUCGCCGGCAUUGUUCUAUACAAACUUGAUCCCCACGCUUUCAAGACAUAUCCAUCCUGUCUCGGGGACAAAUAGCCUGUUCAAUCUUCUUGAUCUUCAUCAUUUCGAUCGCGUAUAUUCUUAUUUAUAUGCGCACUCGCUCUUCUCGCUGGCUGGUGUGAAGACCGACGAUAUCCUUGGACUAUCUCUGUGCCAUACCG